AUGGCGGUAUGGGUUCGUCUUCCAGGUUUACCAGUUGAGUACUUUCGAGAUGGAUCGGUAAAAAAAAUUUUGGAUCUUGUUGGGAAACCGAUCAAGUUGGACAUAAUGACGACCGAGGUGGAUAAGGUUAAGUUCGCGAGAGCUGCUGUUGAAAUCGAUCUCCUCAAACCUCUUGUGUCGAUGGUCUGGGUCAGUGAUAGAGUUCAGCAAGUGGAAUACGAGGGGCUCCAUGUUAUCUGCUUCGACUGCGGAGAGGUAGGGCAUGUUUCCUCUAAGUGUCCGAAGAAAGUGGCGACAGAAGAUCAAUCUCACACUUCUCAAACGCCACAAGAUGUAGCAGAGGCUAUGGAAACUACCGUGCAAGCCACGGCGCCAAUGGAAAAGCCUCGAGAAAAAUAUGGACCUUGGAUGAUUGUCUCCUACAAAACAGACAAACACCAGGGAAAAGGUCAAGUUAAUGGCAGAAAUCCUAAAGGAAAACCGCCGAAAGGAAAAGAAAAGGCCAAUCUCCCGAAUACGGUGGCGGCGGGGGAGCGGUCUCCGGCGGCAAAACAAACAAGCAAGUCGCGAGGACAGGACGUGGAAGUGCUGCAUGAAACCCCUGUUUUCGUGGAAGGGGAAACUAGCGCAAGAAACAAAAAUCCUGGUGGGGUAGGCGGGAAGAAAAAAGGAAGAAAAAAAAAAAAGAACGUGGCACAGGAUACAGCUCCAAAUGAUGGAGAGGGGGACGCCGGCAGUCAUGCUAACCAGAGCCAGAGUGCAACUCUGGCUAGGCAGGGUGUUCUGCACAGUUCCCAAAUCCCGGGGAGUUCAUCGUCGGGGAAUGUCAUGUUGUCUACGCAUAAGGAAGGCGGUGGCCAAACUUCCUUACCACACAAUGGAGGGCUCCUCCUAGUUUGGAACAAGGAUAUGCUGGAUCUUGAAGUGGUCAGUAGUAAUUCCCAAACCAUUCAUUGCAAAAUUCUGGAGGGCGGGAACUCGCAGUUUUACAUCUCUUUCGCCUACGUCAGGCCUAACAUGAGGGCUAAAGAAGUGUUUUGGUCGGAGUGUAAAACUUUUAGAGCCUCCAGGUCAGGACCUUGGGUGAUGCUUGGAGAUUUUAAUGACAUUGCGAUUAGUUCUGACCAUUGGGGAAGUGAUCACAUCAACAUGAGUAAUAUGGCUAGAUUCUGUGAGGCUUAUGAAGACUGCGGUCUUAUGGAAGUACCUUCAACAGGCGCAGCUCCUAGCCGAAGACAUAAACCCUUCCGUUUUGAGGCGGCAUGGCUCACUCGGGAAGACUACAAAGAUGUCUGGAAGAAAGCUUGGUCAAUUCAUCCCCACAAUGUCGUGGGAGCUAUAAACGAGGUUACUAAUCUGAGUAAAAAAUGGAAUGAAGAUGUGUUUGGCAACAUUUUCAAAAGGAAGAGACUUCUACAAGCCAGGAUCCAGGGGAUUCAAACUUCACCUUGGUAUUACAGGUCUAGAGGGCUACAGGUUCUAGAAAAGAAGCUUAUUGAUGAUCUUAACCUUACCCUCUCUCAGGAGGAGCUACUCUGGGUCAACCAUCCUGACGUGAUCACCCCCGAACCCCACUCUAGUCCUAGAAUAAGUCAAGACGAGGCCAACAACCUUUCUAGACUGGCUGGCAUUGAUGAAGUCAAGAAAGCAGUUUUCGGGAUGAAAAGGAUGGGUAGCCCGGGUCCAGAUGGGAUCCAAGCUGCCUUCUACCAAGACUAUUGGGAUGAGGUAGGUCAGAGUAUCACCAUGUUCGUUAAUGAGGCCUUGGUCACAGGUAAGAUACCGGUUCUGGUUAACAGGUUGAGACCUCUGAUGAUCAAGCUUAUUGGCCCGCACCAAAAUAGCUUCCUCCCUGGGAGGUCUACCUUGGAUAAUAUCGUUCUUACGCAGGAAAUCAUACAUAGCAUCAAUCACAAGAAAGGGAAAAAAGGUUCUUUGGUGAUGAAAAUUGACUUGCAUAAAGCUUAUGAUAGUAUAGACUGGGGCUUUCUAGACACGGUGCUCACAGAUUUUGGCUUCCCCAAACGGCUGAUUAAUCUGGUUUUAUUUUCCCUCAAAGAGAGCUCUAUUAGUAUCCUUUGGAAUGGGGAAAAGCUUUCGCCGUUCGAGCCAGGAAGAGGUCUGCGACAAGGUGAUCCCCUUGCCCCUUACCUUUUUAUACUUGCUAUGGAAAAACUAUCUUAUCUCAUCCAGGAGCAAGUCCGAGCCUCUGAAGGUCAAAUUGCCACCAUCAUGGACUGUCUUAACAGAUUCUCUCGUUGGGUUAAGCGAAGGAUGGGAGACACUUCUAAUAUACCAGUCACUGAAAACCUUGGUAAGUAUUUGGGGAUUCCCAUUCUCCAAAAAAGGAUUAACAAGAGCCACUUCAACUACAUCCUUGACAACAUGAAGAGAAAGCUUAAUAAGUGGAAGGCUGACACAUUAAGCUUAGCUGGCGACGAGUUCUUGGACUUCCUUUGGGGCUCCAAUGACGCCAAAAGAAAAAUUCAUCUGAUCAAUUGGAGGGAAGUCUGCCGACCUAGGGAUCAAGGGGGAAUGGGCCUUAGGAUGGCUAAAGAUUUUAACACGGCCCUCUUGGCAAAGCUUGCAUGGCAAAUUCUGAAUAACACUGAAAAACUUUGGGUGAGUGCCAUGAAGCAUAAAUACCUACAAGACAAUAAUUUCUUCACCUCCAUUACCUCCUCGAAUGCCUCAUGGGGCUGGAAAAGUAUCAUUAAAGGGCGUUCAACCAUUGAAACUGGAGCACAGUGUGACCUCAUCACGGUAGAUCGCAACUGGAAUGUGGAUCUCUUAUCAGAACUACUGCCGCCUGACUUGGUCUGCAAGAUACGAGCCACUCCUAUCCCAAUUGAGGAAAAUACACAAGAUAGGCUAAGCUGGCCGGAUAGCACAACAGGUACGUUUUCAGUCCUCUCGGCUUAUAAUAUCAUUGCAGGGAAUUCUAAUAGCGAAGACUGGAACUGGGUAUGGAAGAUCAAUUGUGUUGAGAAGGUGAAGUCUUUCCUCUGGCUGCUGUUGAAAGGGAAGCUUCUCACUGGUGAGGAGAGACGCAAUAGAAGGUUAACCACCGAUGCCUCCUGCAAGCGGUGCCCUGAUGACGACGAGUCGAUUGAUCACAUCUUUAGGAGGUGCCCGUUCGCGACGGAUUGCUGGGACUUGGCGAAGGAUCAUGGAGGCAUAAUCUCGGCUAAUUUCAAGCCGGUGAACUCCUGGAUUAAAGAUAAUUGUACCAGCAAGAAGAUGAUGCAAGAUGAUAUUCCUUGGAACGUUACUUUUGUCUACAUCCUCUGGCUUAUAUGGAAGGCGAGAAAUGGGCUGAUCUUCAACAAUAAUUAUGAGUCCCACGUUCGGUUAAUUAACACGGCCUUAAGUAUGGCGAAGGAAGCCACGUCGUUCAUCAUCAAACAUAAAGGUGUGGUUCAUGGCUACUGGAAGUGGAUCUAUUGGGAACCCCCUCAACACGGAUGGAUGAAGCUCAAUACGGAUGGAGCACUAAGUCCAGUACAGUUUCUCAGCAGAGCUGUGGGGCCUAAGGGAGGGUUUACGGCUCUGCUUGAGAGAAAGAAUCGACAAGAUAUGGGUAGAGAUGGACUCAUCUGCAGUGGUUGCCAUCAUGAAUAG